AUAGAGGUUUUCACGAGUUUAUAUGGUUAAUUUAUUAUAUCGUAUUGGACGUAUUCUUUUGGUAGAUCUAUAUCGUAGUUACGAAGAAAAUGGAAAAGUCAUUCGGCGAAAGACAUCCUUUUAAAUUGCCCAUUAUUCUUCGUCUAAAUUAUUCAACUUGUCAGUGAUAAAAUUAGGAUUCGUACUAUAGGUUGAAACUCGGGGCCAUAAAUAAACAUUGUAUACAAACGCAUCGCCGACUAAAAGCGUAGUUACAUACUUGAGUAAUGAAUCAAUAGGUAUAUAAUAUUGCUUCGACCAAGAUAGUUCAUUUUACGUCAUAAAUUAAAAAAAAAAAAAACAGUUUUUCGAGAGAAAAUACGAGCAUUACAAAAGCUCGGGGAUUCAGUUACGCCACUGGCGGCGGCGGAAAAUUACAGACUAUUGAUCAGACCGCGUGCACAUAUUGCUCCACCCACUACCCCAUCGGUGGCGACAGUAGUUCAAUUGUCUAAGUUUUAGCCUUUACUGCCGCAGUCGACGGAACACGCGACCACGAGAAACUCGACGUAAAUCUUAUUACACUGUUGUUGAUGUUAUUGCUGCUGUGUUUAACAACAAUAUUAAACAAAACACUAUGUUGAGCCGGAUCUAGACUUGUAGUCUAUACACGUAAAUCGGAUUCGACAGUCAAGACUAUACUCUCUCGGCACUCACUUGUACACCCGUGCUAUACUCAUCAGUCAUCACAUAUCCAUCAACAGCGACCUAACCGUCGUCUACCCUAGCACUCGAAAACUGAAUCGACGUCGUCAUGCCUGCGGCCGAUGAGCAGUGACGUGAGCAGGCGAUUCUCGUCGGCCGUCGGCGGCGGCGGCGGCGGAGGCUGCAAGAAAAUGCGGAAACGGAAGGAACUGGAUGCGUUGACUGGCUGUACGGUGGUCGGCGUCAACCGAAACCGCAGGCUGAUGACAUGCUCGUCCGACUCGGACUCGUGUUCCUCGUCUCGGGCGCCACCCACGCCCAUAAAGCUACGGAGGCAGAUCACACGCAGGCGGAAACGGACGUUUGUCGCCGACACUUGGUGCAGCGCCCUUAGGAUGUUCUUGACGUUCGGCUGCGUCGUGUGGGUCGUGUUCGAGACGUACACGUUCCUCGACGUGCGCAAGAUCCAAGCGCACCUUCAAAUGCAACUCGACGAAGUUGCUGCCGGCAAUCGUGGUGUUCCAGAUGAUCUACAGAAAUGUCAUGCUAUGUCUAAACAACUUCAGCAAAACCAGACCGAUAUCUAUCAACGUCUGACAGUGUAUGAUGGACAGAUCACAAACUUAACACAACAGGUUGCUAAUUUAGGUUCAAGGUUAUCAUUAGUUGAAAAAAAAAUCAAUGAAAACACAAACCUUUUAUCAAACCCAGAUGCCACAAAAGACCCGUCUAUAAAAGUACUAUCAUCAGAAGUUGCGAAACUCGGAAGCACUUAUCAAGACCUAAGUGGCAGUGUCAAAUCGCUCAAAGAUACUACUAGUUCAUUACAGUCAUACCAAACAACAUUAAAAACAAAUAUUACUUCAAUAAGUGAGAAGUUAAAUAAUGUUGGAAAUAUUAAAACUGAUGAAACUAUGAUUAAUAAUGUGUCUGGAAAGUUACACGAGCUAAUUGAAAAUAUAGGUUUUAAUGUCUCAACCUUAAACCGAACACUUACCAGCCGAAUUGAUUGGUUAUCUGGAGAUCAAAAAACCAAUGGGGUGGAAAUAGAAAAAUUGAAAGAGGACAGUCAGAAAUUAAUCGCUCAAGUAAAAACAAUUGACACUAAAUUAACGACAUCAUUUAAUGAAGUGAACUCAAAAGUUAUAUCUUUAAGAACUCAAAUUGACAAGAUUGCAACUAAUGUUACCAAUUUACAUGCUCAAUCAAAUUCUGAUGACUCUCUAACGGGUUCAGGUCAAUUAAAAGGUGAUAAAAAUGGAACUCAGACAAAAUCCUAAUAUUAGUAUUUUUUGUUUUGUUGUAUAUGCACAAUGCUGUUGAAUAAUUUUAUUUUUUUUUUCUUAAAAUAAUAGUUUAAAUGUUUACGUUUAUAUUUGAGUUAAUGGGUCUUGUUUUGGUAUGAAUUUGUUUGAUUUAUAAUUUAAUAAAAGAAAAAAAUUGUACCUAUACAUAAUUUGUUUAAUAUAUUUGAAUGGACUGUUUGAUAGUAAUAUUUGUAAUUCCUAUUAAAUAUUAAAAUCAAAUUUUAUUUAAAAAUAAAAAUCAUUUUAAUUGAGACAUUAUGAUAA